UACAAUAAACCUGUCGGCCGGGAUUUUUGGCGAUAACCUUUUCGGAUCAGCGAUAAUACACGCGCAUAUUAUAUCGACCGCGACUGCUGUUCUCACAUCGCAUUCGACCCUACGCACUAUACACGGCAGGAUCCACCUAGGUUUUCACGGCCGGGCCGACUGAACUAUCAUUUUUAUUUUCAUCGAAAUUAUAAUAUAAUUUAUGGUGUUGUUUUCUCGUGGCGUCCAUACGGUGUGUACAUAUAAUAUCAUGUAUAGAACACAUUGUUAGUACCAGCCGGUAACCGUUGUACCAACCGAGUCGUAACAAUACAUAACUAUACGUUAUCGUGACAUUUUCGAAACAUUUUCAUUGUCGAUCGCGAGUUUCAAUCAGGCCACUGUCUGCGUAACCGGUGGCAGUUUCGUCUCACCAGCAUCAUCACCUGCACUGCCCGCGAUAAUAUUGUUAUUACUAUAGUGUAUACGACAAUCGUUUCCGUCAGCGCACCCAAAGGUUCGUGACCUGAGUCUCAUCGGUUUGGUGGUAACGAUUGGUGGAUAUUAUACGUCUUACGACCGUGACGACGAUAAAUCGCUGAACCAUGGUGGAAGUACAGUCGCAGACCGGGAGUCCCAAGCCAAUGGUCAUUAGGAGGUGCACGGAAGUGCCAAUGGCCAUCGGGUCACCCACGGCGUCGGAGAUGACGCGUCGCCGGCGACGGCGCUCUCGUCUCAUGUCAAAUGCCUCGUCAGUGGUGUCGGCCGCAGCCGCCGGCAUCCCGGCCUCCGAAAAACAUAAGAUAUCCAACAACGCAGCACUUAUGCACAUGGUAAAAGCCACCAUCGGCGGAGGUUUUCUGGCCAUGCCUGAGGCCUUUCACAACAUCGGUAUAGUGAUGGGCAUCGUGGGCACUGCAAUUCUAGGCCUUUCCGUGUUGAACAUGAUGUCGUGCAUAGUCCGGUUCUCGCAGAUACUGCGGUCUGGCAAAUACGUUGACAUAAUCUUGGCUGAACAAAACGGUAAUAAACCCGUGGCCAAUGGAGAAGGUGAUGGUAACGAUGACAGUAAACAGCCAUCGAAACCGCGGCACAGCAAUGAGUUGGUGCUGCCACCAAUGGACUACCCUGACACCGUGGCCGCUGUCUUUAAGUAUCGCGCCAAUGGCCGGUUUGCCAGAUUCGCACCAUUUGCCAGAAACUUUACAAGUGCCUCGCUAGUUGCCACCUAUUAUGGAGUGAACAUAAUAUACGUGUGUAUAAUAGCUAGUACGUUGAAGCAGGUUAUCGACCAGUUUAGCAACGACGUGAACUCAUGGACUCAUUUGUUCCACGGACUGUCCAUUCGGUGGUACCCGAUCAUGUGCUCAGUGCUGAUUGUCCCUAUGGGGAUGAUACGGCUGAUUAAGUAUUUAGUCCCGUUCUCGGUGGCCGCCAACGCGUGCAUGCUUGGAGGUACCGCGGCCGUGUUCUACUUCAUUUUAUUUGGCGACGACAGCAAGAACCCAAUCACACCCGAGGAACAAGCCAAGUGGGUGGUGUGGCCUGCCACCCGAUGGACCCUGUUCGCUGGCAGCGCCCUUUGCUCGUUAGAAGGCGUAGGAAUGCUGUUGCAUAUUGAGAAUGCUAUGAGCAGACCGCUGGAACUCGCUGGACCACCUGCUUACACGCUGCACCGGUCCAUGGUGGUCAUCGUCGUGAUGAACAGCGUGCUGGGCCUGUUUGGAUAUCUGAGAUACGGCGACCGGUGCGCGGGCAGCAUAUCGCUCAACCUGCCACAGCACAACAUUCUGUCAAUAGUCAUAAAAUUGAUGAUCGCCGGGGGCAUCCUGUUAACGUACGGACUUCAGCUAACGGUCACCACUGACCUGGCGUGGCAAGGACUGCGUAGCAAAGUCGGUAAGUCCACAGAUGGAUCUGAUAGCGAUGAUGCAGCGAAAGACGACGAUUCUUCGCCAAAAAUGAUAGCGUACUACUACAGCAUGCGGUUCCUCUUGAUACUCGGCAGCAUAAUGGUGGCCGUAGCCGUGCCAGACAUCGGGCCACUCGUAUCGCUCGUGGGCUCCGUCGGGUUCUCGUUGCUGGGGCUGGUCGUGCCCGUUAUCAUGGAAACCAUAUGGUACUGGUCCGAAGAAGACGAUGACGACAACCAGGAACAGGACUGCUGGGACGGGACGACGGUGACAACCUUGGAGCCGUCGGUGACGGACGCGGGGACGACCUCGGCAGUGGACGGCGGGCCGGCCACAACAUCGGCUGGUGCAGCGGGCGAUGGUGAACACAAGCCGUCGAGUCGGGGCGGCGGCUGUCGCCGGGCCAUACGGCAUUUGAAGAACCUGAUACUCCUUCUGCUCGGCUUGUUGGCGUUGGUUGGCGGUGCAUUCUACAACAUCCGCGACAUCGUGGCCAGGGCUUCUGGAGACGGCUCGCCGGCACCUACCAUCUGACGGACGCGGUCGCCUUCCGCGGACGAUUUCUAAUACAAAA